AAAAGCACACAAUCGCACGCUACAGCACGUGACCCAGAAUCACAACCGUAGCAAACCCAUCGUCUCUAUUUUCGUCCGACGAUAAACAGGGUUUCUCCAAUCUCCAACAUUAGCAAUGGCCGGAGGAAGCAACAAGAGAAAACCCAAUAAAUCGAAACCUCGAAAGCCCACCAAACAAUCUUUAUUUGUUGAGGGCGGUUUAUUAUCCGAUUGGUCUCCGGUCAUCACGUCCCCCCCUUCCAGAGGAAAAGGUAAUCAAUCGCGUACAAUUAAUGAUUCGAAGAAAAAAUCUGCGAUUAGAUCGAAAGGUUCUGGUUCUAAUCUGAAGAUUGUUGAAUCGAAAAAGCCGAUAAAGAAUACGUUUGCUUACAAAUAUCCUCAGGUGAGUACCCUUGCAGAUGAACAUAACAAGUUCGAUGAAUCAAAUCCUCUUGUUUUGGUUGAUUCAAAAGAAUCGAAGAUUAUUGCUUACAUGGAUCAAGGGCCGGUCACUGAUUCAGAAACUGUGAUUUAUAGUUACAAUUAUGGCGCGAGUUUUGAGGCGGAUGAUAGUUCUCAUAUAGGACUAGGGUUUCAUGUUGAAUCAGACGAAGGCCCUAGCAUUAUCGGAGCGACACCAGUUACCGAAAAGGUUGAAUAUUCUCGUUUUGAUUCAUCAUCUGCGCACGAAAUGGAAACUGAUAUGAUGGAUGAUGAUGGCAAUGGCUCGUCUUCUCCGGUGACGAAUUCAGGAUUCUUGUCAAUUGGUGGCGUAAAGUUGUACACACAUGAUAUAUCAUGUGACGAUGAUGACGAAGAAGAUGACGGUGAUGAUGAUAAUGAUGAUGAUGAAGGAGAAGAAGAAAGUUCGGACUCUGAAGAUUCUUGUGAAUCAUCUGAUAGUGACGGUGCGUAUAACAGCGAUUCUGAAAUAGACGAUGAGCUUGCACAAGAUUACUUUGAAGGGAUUGGUGGGAGUUACAAAGUUGCGAAUGUUGAUCAACUAAUAGGACAAAUUCUUGAUAGCUCAGAUGACGAUGAAGAAGAUUUUAGCGGUGGCCGUUUUGGUGAAAUGUUAGAAGGGGUAAGUGGGAUUCAACUUCAAGAUGCAUCAAGGGAACAUGGCAUGAAGAAACCUCGUUCAAAGAACAAAAGCCGGGUGAAACCUGGAAAAUUUGGAGCUGCUACGGAUGAUUGGUCUACCAUUGACGAUCUUAUGCUUGUAAAGAAUUCAAGAUCUCUAUAUGGAAAAAAGAAGCAUGCGCCAAAGCUUCCCCAGUCCUGGCCAUCGAAAGCUGAAAAGAGUAAAAAUUUCCGGAGAUUUUCUGGUGAGAAGAAAAAGCUACGCCAAGAUAGGAUUGCUUCUAAGCGCAAGGAGCGAAUGAUACGUGGUGUUGAUCUUGAGAAAAUAAAUUAUAAACUAGAGCAGAUGGUGAAGAACAAGGGUGAUAUUAUGUCGUUUCAACUUAUGCACUCUCGGGAUUGUUCCCAGGUUCAAAGGCUAGCAGCAAUAUAUCAUCUUCAUAGUGGUAGUCAAGGUUCAGGCAAAAAAAGGUUUGUAACUGUGACACGAACGCAACACACUCGUAUGCCUUCAUCAAGUGACAGAAUUCGUCUCGAGACGCUAUUGAGAAUCAAUGAUGAAGCUAAUGAUACGCCAAUGUGCAAGACACCGUCAAACAGAAUCAAGAACUCUGGUUUGAGUCCAUUGGACCCGAAAUCUGCCAAAAGCAACGAUUCAAGCAAGAAAAAACGGAGAGAUAAAGACAAAACGGGAUCGUAUGCUGCACAGCCCGUUUCAUUCAUCUCAAGCGGUAACAUGGUGACCGAGUCUGAAAAGACUGUUGUGGUUGACCACCAGACCUUAAACAACAACAAACUUGUUGCUAACUCAUCAAACUAUGGUGCAUUUGAGAUGCACACAACGGGUUUUGGUUCAAGAAUGAUGGCAAAGAUGGGGUUUGUAGAUGGGGGUGGGCUGGGUAAAGACGGUGGAGGAAUAUCAGAGCCGAUUGAAGUGAUCCAACGGCCCAAAUCACUCGGAUUAGGAGCAAAGAUCCCCGAGAUGUCAGAGCCAGUGAACGCAACCCCACCGCCACAGAAACCAAACAAGCAGGGUACACAAGGUUCAAGGGGUAGUGAAAGUAGGGGUAAAUCUGGAAAUGUGCAUUUUGGGUCUUUUGAAAAGCAUACGAAAGGGUUUGGGUCUUUUGAAAAGCAUACGAAAGGGUUCGGGUCUAAGAUGAUGGCGAAAAUGGGGUUUGUUGAAGGAAUGGGUCUCGGGCGAGACUCGCAAGGGAUGGUUCAACCGUUGGUUGCGAGCAGGCUCCCCAAAUCCAGAGGCUUGGGUGCCAGAGGGUAGUUAUAAUUUUAACUUGGCAUGGAUGCAUUUAAUGAAUUAAUUUGUAUGUAUUUUUCUUUUAAGAACAUAUACCUAUAUGACAUA